AUGGCCGAUAAUUCAGCAGCAACCGAAACUAAAGCUAUGUCUCUAGAGCUGAUUGACAAACUGGCAUUACGUGUUAAGCAUUUAUAUAGCGAAUUAUCAAAUACAUCAUAUGCCAAGGAGGACUCCCUUGAGUACGAAAUUCAGUCACUGCUAACAGAGAUCGAUCAGAUGGAGCUCGAGCUGGAUUUAAAAGUAGUCUCGAAGGACAGACGUAACAAUAUGGCUACGGAGAUUUGGCUGCUAACAAUGGAUAAGGAGCUUGUUGAACUCCGUGAGGAACUAUCCAAGCGCAUUGUAGAGGUCGAAAAUCUGCUUGAUCAGCAGAAAAUGUUUUGCAGUGUUUUAGGUGAGGAGCCUCGCUACUUAAAUAAAAUGCCCAAGGCGGAUGAAAUGUCCGAAAUUCGGGACUAUGUGCAGGGUCUGCGGGAAUUGCACGAGGCCCGCAUGAAUAAGGUAUUCAAUCUACGGUAUUCAAUCCAGAACGAGAUGAACGUGCUUGGCAUAGCCCCAGAAACAGAAGAUGAGGAAAAAUUGCUUGAUCACACAGAUCAGUGUCUGACAGCCAACGUGGUGGAGACACUUACAGAAAUGAAAACGGAAGUUACCGACAAAAUUGAAGGAUUACAUGAUGACGUUGGCUUUUUGCGCAAAGAGCUUUGUGAGAAGGUCGACGAAAUGCAGGCACUAACCCAGUAUCUCAGAAGCCGAAUAGGAAAGCUCGAUGAUUCACUUGUUUCGUUCGAGCUGCUGAAACAACAGUUAAAAAGCUACGAUGCUCUGCAGAUUACCAUUGCGAAGACCGUGAUCCAGGAACUGCGCAUUGAAGUCGAAAAGUAUUGGGACUUAACGAUGAAAAACGUCAAAUAUAGGAAUGAUUUCUUGAUGAUUGUUAAUGACGGCACCUGGGAGGGUGCGCUGGAAAAGCUGGAACACGAGGUGGAUUCACUGAAAGAUUUUUACGAGACCAACAGGAGACUCUAUGAGCUAUAUGACUGCCGUAAAGAGUUCUGGGAACGCUUGGUGGAUCUUAAAGACAAUGACAACGAUUCGGAUCAAGAUAAUCGCAGAAAUAGUCCCAUGGAGGAUCUUGAACGGACUACUAUUAACAAAAUGGUGCAAAAGCUCGAGGAGGAGAUCACCAAAUUAGCUAAUGAGUUUUUGGAAGCACAUAAUUGUCCGUUUAAGAUAUAUGGGAAAGAUAUAUUGAGUGUUAUUGCCGACGAUUGGGAGAAACUCCGCAAGAAGCCAACUGAUGGAGAUUUAUCAGAACCUACAUCACCCUCGCCAACAGACUCUUCGGGCUAUGCACCAGCUCUUACUGCAACCCCUCCAGCAUACUUUGGAUCCCUGACACUUGUGUUGUUGAACUUAGCCGAAUCGGUGGAGGCCUCGUCCACUCAAAGAAAGAGAAAAGCGUCUAGCGGAGUAGUCAAAAUACUCGAAUGCGAAAGCUUUCAAAAUCUAACAACAGUACGUGAAGACAACACUCCAGAGACAUAUGAUGAACCAAAACGCAAGAAAUCUAAAAAGGACAAGAAAAAGAAGAAGAAACACGACAAACGCAAAUACAAACACAAACAAACACAAACACACGAUUCUUCUUCAUCAGAUGAUGAGAAUAAUUCUGAGCCUCCUCAUACCGGCGACUAG